UUUUUUUUUCCUGAUUUCGAUUCAUUUCAACAACAAAUUCUUCAUUCUCUCAACAUUUUUUGUUGUUAUUCAUUCUGCAUUUGUUGAACAUCAGAAAGGAAUGAAUGAAACAUUUUUAAAAUUCCAUCGCACCAGUAAAUAUUUGUUUAAAUGAUGCAAAAAUUGUGAAAUUAUCCGUUAUUUGUUUAUGGUUAAUCAACAUUGUUACAUACAGUGAUUAUGGACGACAAAAAUAAUGAUGUCCAAUAUUCCAAUGAUGGAUUUGUUGAAUCUAUUGAAUUUGAAUUACGAAAUAGAAAUGACGAUAGUUCAUCAUCGACCCAGAAUAUAUCAUUGGCAUGGCGAAAUUUAUCGUAUGAAGUGAGUGGUUGGUUCGGUAGUGGAAAAAAAUCCAUUCUGAAACGUUUGAAUGGCCAUGUCACUUAUGGCAGUAUGAAUGCGUUUCUGGGUCCAAGUGGAGCAGGUAAAACUACAAUGCUCAACUGCUUGAAUGGUACACUUCGUAGUGGUAUCACUUCGGACUCCGAGAUUUAUCUGAAUCGUGCAGAACGUAAUCAAACGCCAAUUAUUCGAUUUGUCGAGCAACAUGUUCACGAAACCAUCAUUGCUCGAAUGACAGUUCGAGAAAUACUUCACUAUGCAUUUCGUUUCAAGAAUCCUAUGAGCCAAUGGAAUCGAAUGAAUCAGCAUAUACUUUCAGUGUUGAAUGAACUUUUACUCGAUAAAACCAUAUUGGAUAAUCAUUUCGAGAAAUGUUCUGGCGGAGAACAACGACGUAUUGCCAUCGCUCAGGAAUUGAUGUCAUUGGAAAAGCCGACUUUUUUGUUCGUCGAUGAACCAACAACCGGCCUUGAUAGUAAUGCUGCUCUACUUGUUAUGGAAUGUUUACGAAAAUUAGCUGGUAAUAAUCGAUUGACUAUUCUGGUUUCAAUACAUACCCCCAACUCAGACAUUAUGAGCUUAUUCGACAAAGUAUUUGUUCUUGCCAAAGGAGGUGUUUGCAUCUAUUCCGGACCACCAAAUGACUUGCGUAACAAUUUGAAACAAAAAAUCGACGAUGAAUUCGACACGGAGAAGCCACCCAUUGAAGAAUAUCUUGAUAUCGCUUGUGAAGCUAUUGGAAGUGAAAUUGUUCGAAAAUUAACCGAUUCAACCUUGAUUGAACAACAUGCUCAAUUGGAUCCAUUGGUUGAUGAUUUAAAAUUCUUAAAGAAUGGUGUCCGGCAAGGACGCAAACGUUUCUGUUGGGGAGACCUAAUCUUACAAUUUCAUCGGAUAUUCAGAAUAUCAUUCAUAGCCGAAUAUAAAAGCUUUUUAAUGCAAUUUCUAUAUUAUUUUCUAGUAAUCAUGUUGGUCACAACGUUUUUUGAAUCGAAAAUGACUCAUGCUGAAACUUGUUAUUCAUUCGAAUCGGAUGAAAGUGCUCGAAAUGUUACCUGUCGUGAUAAAUUAUACGCUGAAGCAUUGGCUGAUGAUUAUGAAAUGAAUCAAUGGUUUUUCAUUAUACUAUUCGGAAUGAGCAUAGUUUCUAUCAGUAGUAUGUUCUUCGAUCCCAUAUUAAAAGUAUUUCGAAAUGAACAUCGUAAUCAAUGGUAUGGUCUUGGUACAUUCUAUUGGGCAUUUAUCGUUGUACGUUUUUUCCAAUUGACUAUUAUGUCCGUUUUUAUUGGCACAGUUGCAUAUUUCUCUGUUGAUCAUCUAUAUGUUGACAAUUAUCAAAUGAAUUGGAAUCGAUUUGGUCAUUAUUUAUAUUUUACUUGGUUAAAUAAUUGCUAUCAGCAAAGCAUCGGUUAUAUUUUAUGUUUGAUCUUUCUUGGUAAAGUUGAAGUAUCGGUCGUAUCUUCAUAUAUUAUUGUACUUUGUCAACAAUUUUUUACGGGUUUCAUGUUCAAUCCUUAUAAGAUGAAAACUUUACCUUCAAUUUUUCUACGAAUUUCCGAAACUUUAUCGUUCAAGACCGUUUCCAAUGGGUUGAUGUACACAAUGUAUGGACUGGAUCGUUGCGAUGAUGAGACGACAAUUUCAUUCGUACUCGAAGAUUUUGGAGUUAAUGUGGAUACAGUGUAUAGUGAUUCAUAUUUCAUGAUCAUCAACAUUCUCAUUAUUCGUCUUCUUGUAUUCGUUUUGAUGGUAUACCAUUUCAGUUCAAUCUUUCGAUCAAAAAAUUUUGUCAAAGCUUCAAUUUCUGAUGCAAUCAAAUGUAUUGAUUAUGGAAAGCUAACUGACCAGAAAGAAGAAGCAGUUGAUUUAUCUAAAACUGUUAGAAUCAAAAAAGAAGAUGAACUUGGUUUUGAACAUUUUGCUCGCCAUAAGAUUGUUGUUGCAUGGCGAUCGCUUACUUUGUUUGGUACAAAAUCAAUAUAUGAAAUUCGAACGAUACAAAAUGAAAGAAAGGAUUCGAAGCAAAUUCUAAAAAAUUUGAAUGGUCAAUUCCGUUUUGGAACCCUUAAUGCAUUGAUGGGACCAUCUGGAGCCGGCAAAACUUCACUGCUAAAUAUUUUAAUCGGAAAAUCCAAAACUCGAAUGAGCGAUACAACUAAAUUCUUCCUCAGUAAAUUUACCCCCAUACGUGUUUGUUAUCUUACACAAGAAGUUUCAGGCCAUUUGUUACCCGGUUUGACAGCCAAGCAGAGUCUGAUUUAUGCAUCAAUGUUAAAAAAUGCAUCAGAAAAUGAAAAUUUGAACCACGAAGCGAUCGCCAUGAAAAUUCUCAAAGAAUUAGAUCUGGCUGAUACGAAAGACACUUAUGUGCAAAAUUGUUCCGGUGGCCAAAGGAAACGUUUGGCGUUGGCUCUGGAACUCACAUCGGUUCGGAUGCCAAACUUGAUUUGUAUCGAUGAACCAACAAGUGGUUUGGAUUCAAGCUCGGCUCAAGUUGUCAUAUCAUGUUUGCGACAAGUGGCUCACCACCACAACAUUUGCAUCAUCACAUCGAUACAUCAGCCAACCGCCGAAGUGUUUUCCAUGUUUGAUCAGGUUUAUGUUCUAGCUAAAGGUGGCGUGUGUGUCUAUUCGGGUCCACCAUCCGAUAUGCGUCAACAUUUGACCAAAGUUUCUGACCGAAUGGAUCAAGAUGAUAUCUUUCCAGUUGAAGAGUUGAUCAAGUAUUCCUGUCUUAGCUAUGACGAUCCUUCUGUUCAGGAUUUGGUUCGUUUGACCAAUGAGAGAAUCUUGAAUGAUAAUCUUAUUUUAUUAAAUGAAACCGUUCCUGUAUUGGAUGGUAUACCAACUAAUCGAAAUCGUUUUUCAUUAAAAUCUGUUUGGGUAUUGAUACUACGUUAUGCAUUUUAUGUUCGUGGCUAUUUGUGGCAACUUCUGUGUAUCAUGUAUUGCUUGUACUUGGGUUUUGGAUCUGCAUUGAAUAUAGUUUUUGACCACAACAUGAUUUAUUAUGAUGGUUGUGUCGACUUAUUGGAUGAUUUCAAUAAUACCUGCAAUCAAACACAAGAUAAAGAUGAUGAAGAUUUCGAUUUAAAAGCUUCAUUCAUUUAUGCAGCUUUCACGAAUAACAUGUUAUUUUUUCUGUUUUUAUUACAAGCAUCGAUCAUGUUUUCCAAAGAAAUUAUCUUUUUCCGUAAUGAACAUCAAAAUGGUUGGUAUAGCACAGGUGUAUUUUAUACGAUGAAAUUAUUUACCGAAAUCGUACCGCUAAUACCCGCCAUCAUAAUACUUGCAUAUAUAAAUGAUAUUUUCGAACCAAUUCGACCAGGAAUGUAUUGGUGGAUGUUAUUUUAUUUAAUAAUAAACGCAUUAGUCGCACAAGCACUUGGUCAUCUAAUCGCUAUACUCACAUUGGGUAAUUUUAUUGCAUUAAUCAUUGCGAUGCCGGCAGUAGAAGUUAUAUCAUUAUUACUUGGUAAUAUAGCCACACCAGUUCGCCGUCUGCAUUAUAUAUUUCAAUUUUUAUCGUAUUUCGCUCCAACACGAUUUGGUUUAGAAGCCAUUUUAUUAUUACAAUAUGGAUUCGAACGUUGUCGCAAAAAAGAAGUUCAAAAAAUUUUGCUUAAAUUAAAAAUGGAAGAUAAUGAACAUGAAUUUCAUGAAACAUAUUUUCUAUCGACAAUUAUUAUGUUAAUAUUCAAUAUGCUAUUCUAUCGUAUUAUUGCCAUUCUGGUUUUAUUAAUCAAAACGAAUCGUUAUGAAAAUCGUCGUAGACGAGCAAUGCGAAUAGCCGAUUCACAUCAAAAAUUGAAACCAGUAAAUGUAAUCAUACCGGGUUUACAAUGUCAUCAUGAAAUGACAAUCAAACAGUUUAAGGUUUAAUUUUUUUUCCAACAUUAUUAUGCAACCAUAAAUUAGUAAUAUAACAACAAAAACAGCAAUUAAAAAUAAAAAUUUGAAAAAUAACAAAUUUACUUUUUCCGAAAAAUUAUUAUGAACAACAAACAUCGCGUUUAUACAUUAUGGUUAGUUGAUUUUUUGGUACAAAUUUUUUUUCCACUUUUUUUUCUUGGAAUUCAUCCAACUCGACAGCCAAACAGUGAUGUGAUUUUAUCGCAAUAAAAUUUAAUAUUAAUAUAUAUAUGUUUAUUGAUCGAAUUUAUUAAAAAAAAAAUUAAACUUUAUUAAUGAAUGGA